UCGUCUUUAAUCCUUUAAGGGAGUCCAAGGGUGGAGUGUCAGUCGACUCAGUUCUUUGCCGUGCGCGAUGGGGGAGAGGGAUGAGGUGUGUGAAUCGUUCGCGAUCGAACUGCAGGAAUUAUUUUCGAAUAGCAAGCCUCUUAUUAAUAUGCUGACUAUGUUAGCGGAAGAGAACCGCGCGCAAGCCGCUCAGCUUGUUUCUAUAAUUGAAACACACUUGAAUCAGGUUUCUGCUGAAAAAAAGUUACCGACAUUGUACCUAAUGGACUCCAUCAUAAAGAAUGUUGGUAAAACGUAUGCGCCACUUUUUACUCCGAACUUAGUGAAGAACUUCAAGCAUACCUUCGAUGCCGUUAAUGAGGAGACGCGUGAGCUUAUGUUUAAGUUGCGUCAAACUUGGUCGGAAAUUUUGCCGAAGAAAAUUUUGCAUCACAUAGACAAAGCUGUGCACGAGUCGGAUCCUGCCUGGCCCGUCAGUCAGCCCGGAGGUACAUAUUCGAAGACUUCAGUGAACGCAUCGCGGCAGCAGUCGCCAGUGUUACCUCCCGAGAAAAGGCAGAGACCUUCACGGAUCGACAAAUUGCAGAAGUUUUCUGUGGAACUGACUGAGAAGAAGAGACGCUGUUUGGAAGCGAAGAUCCAACGUUGCCAGCUGGAAAUCGAAGGGCUGCAGCAGAAUAAUCCGACAGCCCUGAAGAAUCUCGCUGAAAUCGACAAGGAGAUCGAAUCCUUGGAGUAUGACGUGAAAAUCUUGGAGAAGGCUUUGAAGCCUGAGAAAAUUGAAUGCGAAGCUGCUAUUGCUGAAGAUGCGCCGAAGAUGAUGUCAACCGAAAAUGUAGCAGUGCCAGUCGUGAGUCCUCCAAAGGAUCCAAGACUUGCGAGACGGCGAGAGGUCGCCGAAGAAGUAAUUCGUCCUCCACAGGCAUUAUCUCCUGUUUCUCCCUUGUCCAGUCCAUCAGAUACUGAAUCCUUCGCUGGUCCGAACAGCGUCAUACCGCGGAAAUCGUCAGUUGUGCCGAAGGAAUUGCAAAAUAGACGUCAAGUACAUCCUCCGCCAGAUGGCGCGGCAUCCCCAAUCAUGGCGGACCGUUCAAGGUUAAAAGCUGAUGCGCGGCGUGUUCCCAGAAUUCCUGGUCAGGGCCUUCUCCCAACACCGACGGCAACAAAUCAGCCUAGUGUUGAAGUUAAACCAGCUCAGCCCCCUCCAGUCAGAGAAAACGUCGUUCAGAAGAAGCCUGAAUCUGCUAAAAAGAUUUUGGACACGAAGAAAAUAGACCAGAAGUUGCUCUCCAAGAAGGAUCGAAAUGUGCUUCCUCGAAUUCCGAAAGUCCCGCGUGAGCAACCAUUGCCAACAGGUUCGAGGCGUAGACCUGCACCGAAUUCCCUGUUGAGGUCUGAUGGUAUACCCGAGAAGAAAGUUGCCCAAAUGCAAGAAACUGGACUGGUUCAUGCGGAAACGAGCCUGUCUGAUGUAGAUUUGCGGGAUUUUACUGCACCAGCCACUGCGAUGGAACCCCAAGCAAGUCAUCAUAAUGUAGGUGUCAAGAUAGACUCGAAAACCGUGGAAAAUCCGGUGUCGAUUGGCAAUGGACCUUUGACUGUUCAAAAACCAAAAUUCGAUGAACUGGAAGGCCUCUUCGGAUCGGAGGAUACGGAUCUAAGGCAAAUGGCGGUGCAACCACCCGUUGCUAAUGUUGCCGUCACCCCACAAGUUUUGCCCGUCGUUCAAAUGGGAAUUCCAAAUGUUGCUGUUAUCCCUGCAGCUCCCAAUUCGUUGUCGGUUGGUCUGUCUUGGCCGUCCGGCAGUUUGCCACCUCCCCUACCCCCGCCGCCAGCACCUUGGGCUGCCUUCAAACCUAUUCAAGAUUUUCGUCCAACGCGAUUACCAAUGGAUUCCAGAUGUCCGUUUCCCGGUGCUACGCUGGAUAAACAGCGGUUUAAUAUGACAGAAGGUGGUGGAGACGUCUUCCACGAUCGUUGGGGUGGUUCUGGAAAUUUUCGUCGAGAAAUUCCUCCUGUUGUGGACACGCGUUUCACUAACAAUGAGGAUCUCAAAGCUCAGCUGCGUGUAACAGAUUCCGCUGCUUUGCGAGUAGAUUCAGAAAGAAAUGGUUCAAGCUCGUCCAUGUCCAUGACUGAGAAGAAAUCAGUAAAUCCUGUCGAGGAGCUGGAGUUCGGACGGAAGUCUGUGAUCGAAGGGAAGCGGAAGGACGACGACGAUGACGGUGAAUACGACCCGAAGAGUUUCACGAUGAGAUGUAUGAGAUGCAACAGUGAGGGGCAUAUUUAUCGCGACUGUCCAAAAUCCGUGAGGACGGAUAUCAUGAAGUGUUCUGAAUGUGGAGAAAGGGGACACAGAGAACCGAAUUGUCCUGUCAAACUCAAAGCUAUUGCUGAGGCUGCCACGAAGUAUUGCGUCGAAGAUCCGAAGAGACUAUCGAUUGACGGUAUCUUGCGAGACAUACGUUUGUGCGGUAGAAAUAUCAUCGCCUUUUUUGGCAAUGAAGAGCCUCGUGACUUGUUUUUCCGCACUGAUGACGACAGUGGCGACGAUGGAAUGCGGACUGUCGUCAUUGAUGAGACUCUACGGGUAGAUUGUCGUAUCGGCGGCCCAGCUGUUGAUUUUCGGCUUCCGGGUGGAUCCGGUGCUCAACACAGCGUACAAAUUGCUGGUCCGUUGCGAGAAAUCGUGUUGGACGGCGUCGGUUACGGCUGUUUUUUUGGCGGAGAGGGCGUCAGCAUAGAACUGGACGGCGUGCGACGGCCUGUGCGAAUCGAAGGCAAUCCUCCUAUCGUUGCUGUCGGUGAUCGAAAGCGAACUGAUGUCGUCAUUGCUCGCAUCACGAUGUUCGUCCGCGAUGAAGAAACUCCACUUUGUCCUCGACACCCCAUUCCCGUAUGCGCCGACGGGUUCCCGCAGCAGUUGCGCGUGCGUGGUCAACCGGUCACCCUUCAGUUCGUCAACAAGAUGCUGGGAUUUAGGUGGAACGGCCGUGUGUACGAAACUAGGUUUGAGGACGAAGGAGAAACAACGGUGCUGAUGGAAACUGGAAGGCCUGUGCAUGUGAGGUUUUCGCGGCUGCCACUCGGGUUUGUGGCCGGCGCCGUGGAUCUGGUGGGACUGGAAGAAGCUGACGUGGGCAGUGUUCAGCUGCAGCAGCUCCCGUCUUCUGGUAAUUUCGCUGAUCAUCUCCUUGCUCUUGUGUUGGAGCUGAGAGAGAUGAUGGGAUUGCCAGGUUUGCAGAAGCAGCCCGUAGCAGAUUUACUGAGUUUCUUCCAGCCUGCUCCGAAAGACAGUGUAAAAGCAUCUACUGGCCGACCCCCAAACGUCCAGUCGCUGCUCUCGAAGCUGCAGGAGCAUGGCUUGUUACCAGCGACAACCGGGUCAAUUGCGAAGAACGGAGCUAUGUCUGUUGCGAAAUCUAUACCUAUCAAAGAUCCCACCACAGUCAAGGAAGACAAUGCAAGCGUUGGGGAGAAGAUGGUCGAGAUAGAAGACGAUUUGGCGCCUAUCAAUGUUUUGUUCAGUAAUGAAAGAUUAAGGAGGCGUGAUAAAGCUGUCAUCAGCACACUUAGCUUUGGACUGCAGUGCAAGACUUGCGGAUUCAGAUUUCACUCGGGGGUUUCCAAUCGCUACGGAGCGCAUUUGGAUUGGCAUUUUCGACAAAACAAGAUCAAGAAGCAGUCCAAGAAACGCGCUGAAAGCCAUCCAUGGUGUUAUCAGUUUUCAGACUGGCUGAAAUUCGAGCGCGUUGAUGACUCGGAUGAAUGGAACGACGAUGGCCAAGGGCUUGCGGGAGAUGCGGAUGUCGAUGAAAUUCCGUCAAUUGCGCUUUCAGAGCUUGGCGCAGAAAAGGAACCGUCUUGUUCGGCGUGUUUCGAACAUUUCCAAUCUGUCUACGACCGCGAGCUGGAAGAUUACGUCGUUCGACCUGCAGUUUUUCACAACGGCAAACUUUUCCAUCCUCUCUGUCUGGAAGAUUACAUUAAACGCGCUGACGACCAUGUGGACGUGAAGGAAACAACGGAAUUCAAGGAAUCCGAGGCUGUGAAGCAACCGGCUGUAGAAGAAGUUGAGUUGGAUGUUCAUUCUGUCAAGGUAGUUUCGGGCGAACUCAUUCCUAGUUCAGACGCGGAAACCGGGGUGGAGGAUGCGAAAACCGAAGCACCAGAAUCGGAAGUCGACAAUGAUGAUAUUACAGAGAUUCCAGUGCCUGUUGUCGUCCAUCCGGUAGUGACUGUCACGGAAAGUGACGCGGAAAUGGACACUAGCAAUAAAAAGGAUGAGGCAGAUGUUGUCGUUUUCACUGAGCCUGUUCAGGUCCCUGUUUCUCCACCCGGUCUUACGGCUAUUCCCGUCGAGGAAGAAGCCGUGGUUCCGGUCCAGGAGGAAGCUCCACUUCCGAUCCCGGACACACCGGCGGAAGUGGAGGUUCCGGAAAUCGCAGUCCCUGUUGUCGAGGAUCAAGAGAUGGAGGAGAAGGAAGCGGAGGAGGAUGAAGAAGAUGAUGACAUCAUCAUGGAAGAGCCGCCUGAGAAGCACUACGAUGUGUUGACGAUCGAGGAGAGUGACGAAGAAAUGGAUGAUGCCGACGCUACGGGACCUCGGAAGCCCUCUUCUGCUGAAGAAAUUAUCGAGACCAGAGUCGUUUAUAGGAAUGUCGUAGAGUUGGAACCUGAAGCUGUGAUGGACAAGUUUGAUUUUCCGAUCGAUCCGGCGACCGUGAAGCAAGAGCCCUUGGAUAAAGACGAAAUCUCGCGAUUGAACUCCAUCAUACACGCUAAGUUCGCAUCUAGUAUUGACGAAGGAGAUGACGACAUCACGGAAGUGCCCGCGGCAACUGUAGCCGCCGCAAGUUUGACGGGAACUUCGGAAUCCCUUGCGCCAGCACCGCGGAUAAGAAUCAACCUCGCGAAAAGUGCCGCCGCUCCUUCUCCGUCUAGUAAACCGAACAGCCCUGAGCCACCGCCGGGGCUGGUCAACAAAGAACUUACCGUGUUCCCUCCUGUCGAAAAGGGUCUGAAAGCUACUCCGAGUCACGCUGAGCCGGUUUCGGCCAUUAAUUCUACUGUACCUGAUCGUGUUGCUGUGGAAUCGAGCGGAGAUUUGAGGCAGAGAUUUGAUUCGCCUGUGGAGUUCACGUGGCAUCAAGGACGGUUUUUGAAUCGGAAUUACCGAUGGGACAAUCAGCGGUUGUACAAGAUUCACGAGUUCGUUCAUGUCGGAGAACGAUUCCAGUCUUGGGUUGCGGAUAGCCCGCAGAAGCGUGUUGUGACACUAGCCACACACUCUUCUCCUGACCGGCUUCAUUGGGCCUCAGUUCAAGCUGCUCAAUGGAAUGGGCCAAUUUCUUUGGCGAUAUUUGUUCCUGGGUUUGAAUUUGUCCACAUGACGCUGAUAUUGGAGUACUUGUUCCAUUGUUAUCCCGAGUUUGCCGAGAAGUCUGCCAUCAACCUUGUCUAUCCUGCAUCGUCGCCUCCCAUGGAAGCCACUGUAAAGGAGGUGAAAACUUUUUCGAGUAAGUUGGGAUCUCCAGAUUGUGAACUUGCUCCACCGACGAAAUUUGCCGCCCGACUGAAAGCAGCCGUAGCAUCUGUGAUGAUCGGUCGCGACCAAGGAAAGCCCUCGCAUUAUCGCUCGCUUCCAGUUCCGUAUCCACAGAAUCACCUGCGGAACGUUGCUCGUAAAACUGCGCCUUUCGAGCACGUGAUGUUGCUGGACAUUGACGUUGUACCAAGCGCCGGUUCUUGCGAAUCCCUCGCGGAGUUCUUCGCUUCCGAACCAACGAGAGCAGCCGUGGGAGUUCAUCCCGUGAAGACUGUUUUUAUUUUGCCGACUUACGAGCUUUCCGAGAGGCUCAAGCAAGUGCCCAGAACGAAGGCGGAGUUGUUACAGCUCGUGAGCAAAAAGCUCGCUCAACCUUAUCAUAUUCAGGUUUUUCAGCCGAACCAGUUCGCGACGAAUUUUUCGUUAUGGGAGCGUGAUUUGACCACAGCUUCAGUAGGCAUUAGCCACGAAGUUGUCGACCCGCCGUUCUUCUACGAACCAUUUUACGUGUCGAAAGAUAUCGUUCCUGUACACGACGAGCGUUACAUUGGCUAUGGAUUCACGCGAAAUACUCAGGUGCUGGAAACGAAAUUGGCGGGAUUCAAAUUUUUCGUUUUGACACCGGUGUUUACGUGCCACUGGGGGCUGUACAAGGAUAGACGAAGUGCCAAACGUCCAGCGUGGAGAGAACGCCAAAAUAACAUGAACAACAAGCUCUUUCAGCAGGCCAAAAAGGAACUCUCGGUGAAGUACGGCGUAAAAUUGUAGCCGAUGAAUUUUUCGGAAGUUCGUGUCGUUUGAAUGGUGAUCUAAGAAUUUCCGCAUUCGAGGUAGGAUACAGCACUUUUUUCUUUUUUGCUAGUCAAAAUUGUUUCUCUUGACAAAAUCUCAGUACAAUGACUAGUCAUUCCCGAAUGUUCGUUUCAUCAUUUGAAAAGUGAUUUUAUUAUCUCAAAAAUUCAAUUAUUCCUAAUGGCUCCUCGCAAAGAAGAGACAAAACUUGGGAGAGAGUCAACAUUUGGAAAGGAUCUCAUCGGGAACAGAUGAUACGCAAAAUAGCCAAGGCCAAUUUUCAUCGUGCAAUUCAAUGCCAUUCUUGUGUGAUUUUGUGUUGAAUCGCAUGUGCUGUAAUACAUUUCUUCAUGAAUGAAAAAAA